GCGUUGGGUAUUUUGCGGACUUUCCAUUUCCUCUCUACACAGGAGUGGCAUAUCUGCGGACCAUAUUUGUACAGCUCAGACAGACUUGUACUGCUCAUUUCUUUAAGCUCACCAGAGGUAUCCACACACCCUGACAGCAACUUUUUAAGGAUGGAUUCGGCUGCUUGCUUGUUGAUGGCUUUCAUUAGCGCCGGGACUCUUCUCCAAGUGUGGUGUUCAGAAAGCAUUACUGCCUUGUAUGGAGAGACAAUUGUUAUACAAUGUAACAAUGGAGCUCCGGCACCAGAGGAUCUGAUGUUCAUCAAGUGGAAAUACGAAAAAGAAGAUGGCACUCCUGGCGAUCUGUUGUUGAAACAAGCCCACAGCAGCCAGGCCACAGUUCAGGCCACAGACAGCUAUGCCCAGCGGGUCAACAUCGAUGAUAAGUUCAGCCUACACAUCACUCAGGCCUCACUCAAAGACGAAAAGACCUUCACCUGCAUGGUUGUGUCAGAAUCCAACCUCAGGGAGUUCCCCGUCUCGGUCACUGUUCAUAAGAAACCAUCAUCAGUUCAGGUUAUGGAGAAGUCUAAAGCACUGCAGAAGGACAAACCUGUAAUGCUGGGAACAUGUGUUGCAGCAGAUGCAAACCCCGCAGCUUUGAUCACAUGGAAAAAGAAUGGAAAGCCCUUGGUAGCAGAUGGCAAAGCUGUUGUGAUCACCCCCAGCAUGAAAGUUGAUCCAGCUACAGGCCUAUCCACCACCUCCUCCACCCUCCAUUAUGCAGCCACCAAGGAGGACGUCAACGCAGUCUUUGCCUGUGUGUCCACAUAUGAGCUGACCAAUCAGGAGACUGACCUUGGACGCUUUCCCAUUCACUAUCCAUCAGAGAACAUUAGCCUACAAAUUAUGCCCAAGGAGUCCAUCGUAGAAGGAGAUAAUGUGACACUGAAGUGUCACGCUGAUGGCAACCCUCCUCCCAGCUCCUUCUUCUUCUACAUCAAGGGCCAGAAAAUGCUGGUGAAAAAUUCGGACAACUUCACUUUGACUGCCGUCAACAGAGAGUCUACGGGUGAAUACAAAUGCUCCCUAGCUGACAACGAGAAAAUGGAGGCCUCCAAACGCAUCGUUGUUACCUACCUGGACCUGAGUCUGAGUCACACUGGCAAGGUUGUGAAGACACUAGGGGACACCUUGUCUGUGAAGACAGAGAAGAAUGCCUCGGGGGACACUAAAGUGUCAUGGACAAAGGAUGGAGCGGCAGUUAAGGAGCCGGAGUUUAGUAAGCUGACCUAUGCAGAUGCAGGAGUCUAUGUAUGCGAGGUUUCCUUAAGCGGCCUCACACGGCGGCAGAGCUUUGAACUGGUUGUAGAAGGAAAGCCUGUGAUCACCAGCCUAUCCAAGCACCGUGUUGAUGAUGCCAAACACAAAGUUCUGACCUGCGAGGCUGAGGGAGUGCCAGAACCUAGCUUCCAAUGGAGCGUCAAUAGCACUAAUGAGGCGCGCUCCUACAUCAACGGCAAAGCCACCCAUAAAAUCACUGUGAUCCCCAAGGAGAACCUAACGGUCACCUGCAGCGUCAGCAACAAGCUGGGGGAAGAUGUCAGGACCAUCAACGUUUCCUCUGUUUUUGAGGAGGAAAAGAAGGAAAAAGGUGCUCAGCAGGAUUCAGAGGACCAGGCGAAGGUCAUAGUGGGUGUUGUGGUAGGGAUCCUCUUGGCUGCUGCUCUGGUGGGACUCAUCUACUGGCUCUACAUCAAGAAUUCAAGACAAGGAAGCUGGAAAACUGGUGAAAAGGAGGUGGGAACGUCUGAGGAGAGCAAGAAACUAGAGGAGAACAAUCACAGUGUUUAAAAGCACCAGGCUGGACUGCAUGGAAUGAGAGAGAAGCAGUCGAAAGCAGCCUUGAAUAUACAGACUCCCAGUUGGCUGCUGACGCACUUCAUCAGGCUCCAUAUAAGUAGCAGUCAGAGUCAUGUUCCUCCAAGUCCUGCCAACAGCCUGCUGUCCCACCUCACUGCUUGAAGUCUGCACUGAGUCUGCCUCGUGUUACUGUGUCAUGUUUUUGUGUUCCUGGUGAAUGCUCCCUGUUAUGUUUUUGUUUGAGUAAUUCCAUGAGGCAUGCUGAGGUGUUUUUGCCACAUAGUAGUUAGAGGACAUUUUUUUUGUUUGUGUCUUUUCUUCUUGACUUUCAUCAAAGAAUGUAAGCUCCUUCUACACAUUUUAAGGCCUGUAUUAACUGUGUGUGUGCCCUGGCUGAGCAAUCCACUGUUGAUUUUUAUUUUUCCUUUUUUGAGCUUGUGUGGAAAAGUCUUUGUUUAGCUGUGCUCAGAGAAAAAGACACUUGCUGUAUAACCCUCAAACUAAGUGAUCUCAAACUUUUCAGAAGAUAACCUCAACAUAUCGCAAUCUCCUGACUUAUUUACACUAGUUUUUAAACACUGGCAAGUAGAUUGUCUGAAUAUGUAGUUAAUGGAUGCCCACAAAAUUGGACAAUUGCAAAUUAAGCAUCAUGACACACUGAACCACUAAUUAGUUUUUUUUGUAAAUUACUUUUUGUUAGUCUCAAGAGGGACUUUUUGUUGCAAAUAAUUUUAUCUGAAAAGGCAAAAAGAAAAUAUGUUAUUAGAAAAGUGCAACAACUAGUAAGAAAUGCAAAAUGGUGUUCUACCAUGAUGUUUCUUUUUUAAGUUCAUGCUAAAGUGAGCUGGAUCAUCUGUGAUUCAGUUUCAUACACUACAUUGUUGUCUUCAUGUCUGCCACCUGUCUGCUCUACAGUUGCUGCACCAUCCUCUCAAGGUUGUGACUGUGUUCUUGGAGUAGAUUUAAUAUUUUCUGUUUCAUGUUUUCAUUUUGGAAAGCUUUACUGAUGCCAGGUCUGAAUGUUUUUUUGUGUUUUUGAUGUAUUUAUAUUCUGUGUGCAACCUACUAGGAUGGUGAUGCUGCAGCAUGCAAGAUCAUUUUUUAAGUCUGUAUGGAAGGCAUCAUCAUGUGUUGAAAGGUACUGUAUGGUAGGAGAGUUGUAAGACUUACUAUCAAGUAUCUGGCUCAUUCUCUGCUGUAUAAUUAUUAUUAUUAUUGCUAUUUUAGCUUAGUGGUGUGAAGGAUAAACCAAACUGAAGACUAUGGUUGAGAUGGGCAGCUCUCUGGGUUUUACAUAAUUUUGCUCGGGUUCAACGAUUACAGUUUUCUGACGCCGUCACAGGGGAGAAGUGAAAACAGGCGUGUUGGGUUUAAAAGGCACGUACGGACGUUUUUCUCUAAAGGUUGUUGAUUUUCUUUAUGAUUAUAUUUGCUUGUUAAAGCCUUAGUUAGAUAACUGCUGAUCAUUGUGAGACAGUUUGAUUGUUUUUCAACAGCACAGUGACCCACCAAGAGCAAGUCUUGAAAGUGAGAGGAAUCAUAAGCCCAUUUAUAAAUAGUAAAUAGUUUAUUUAGUACACAACUGUUUGUUAAACUUGAAUACAUUUGCUUAUGUUGGUCUGAUAAAUAACUUGACAAAAGAAGCAUCUUCAUCUUUCAUCUCAACUUAAAAUCUGUUAAUAUUUCUGAUAAUACCAGUGGAUUGUGACUAUUGCCAAAAGUCAGAUUUAUAAGUGAGUCUACAUUAAACCUCUUUGUUAAUAAUUAGGACACACAACUGAUUUUGUUGACUGUAAUUCCAUUAAUAUGUGAACACAGGCAAGAAAGUAGUAAAUCCAGUAUAUUAAGCUGACUUUUGAAAGAGCUACAGAUUGGUUGAUCAUAAAAUUUGUAAACUUGGAUGCCAGCUUUACAAACUGUAACAAAGACACGACGCUUUAGCUCUCUUUCUUUAAACUGUCAAUGUAUUGACUUCCCCAUCCAGCGUCUUCAAAGUGGUAGUGGUAUAAUCAUAUUCUGUGUUCCAAAACAGCAUAACAUGAAAGCAGUCAACAUUUUUAAGCACCUGGUCAGUUGUUUUCUCAUGCCUUUUUAAUCUUUUGAAAUAAUCAGGUCAGAAGUGAAACCAAAGAGGGUAAGAUGAGAAGGCCAUCGUAGUGUUGUAAAUAAAGACUUUUGUUUUUGUAUUGUUGACAAUAAAGCGUACA